AUGUCCACCGCAACAGUCCAUCUUUUUGACCCAACCGCGCCAACCCAGCCCGCCAGCAAGCUCUGGCCAAAUCCAUCAACAGCUUCGCUGAAAGCCGGCUCAUCGCGCGUCUUCCACGACAGAGAGAAAGACUCUGUUACUGCGCUGGGAUCACUGGGCCCGGACUUCGCCUCGAAAACGGGUAAUGCGCGGAGGGAGGCAGUGAGGCGGCAAGUCGGGGGUUUGGUGAAAGAGCUGGCGUCGAAGGACUAUGUUGAGCAGGUCUUGGUUGAUACUACGCAUGACGCGCAUGCCGCGGCCGUUGCUGCGCAUUUGGCGACCUACAAGUUUACCCUCAAAACUGAGCCUGCUCAUCGGCUCAAAGCGAACGGGUUAAAGCCGCUCGAUGCGUCCGUGGAAUGGGACCGUGGGGUUGUUUACGCAGAGGCCCAAAACUUGGCCCGGACUCUCAUGGAACUCCCUGCAAAUAUGCUUACGCCAACGCUCUUUGCACAGCGAAUACACGCCGAGUUCUCUGGAGUCGAAAACACAGAGGUUAUAGUAAGGGACGAAGCUUGGGCGAAGGAAAAGGGCAUGCGGACAUUCUUGUCUGUCUGCAGCGGCACUUUUGAACCGGGAAAAUUUGUGGAAAUUCACUAUAACGGUGCUUCCUCUAAAGAGGCCGCCCCAUUAGUUCUCGUUGGUAAAGGCAUUACUUUUGAUAGUGGGGGAAUCAGCCUCAAGCCUUCCGCUGAUAUGAAACUUAUGCGUGGAGAUAUGGGCGGGGCCGCAUCCGUAGUUUCUGCCAUCCUCGCUAUCGCCAAACUCAAGCUCCCUAUCAACGUUGUAGCGCUCACACCGUUAGCGGAGAACAUGCCCAGUGGGACUGCUACUAGACCAGGCGAUAUAAUCUACGCGAUGAACGGCAAGUCCAUCGAAGUCGACAACACGGAUGCUGAGGGUCGAUUGGUGUUGGCUGACGCUAUUUACUAUGGCUCGACCGAAUUCAAGGCUCACACAUUGAUCGAUGUCGCGACUUUGACCUACGCCAUGGAUAUAGCAUUGGGCGAAGUAUUCACCGGCGUCUUCUCUUCCUCCGAUGCGCUCUGGGAAAAGCUACACGCCGCUGGCGAGACCGAAUACGACCGGUUCUGGCGGAUGCCCCUCGACGAAGAUUACGGCCCACAAAUCUACAGCAGCAACGCGGAUCUCUGCAAUACCGGCGGUAAACCCGGAGGAAGCGCGACCGCUGCACUUUUCUUGAAGCAUUUCGUUCAUGGCCUGGGCAAGACGAUCGAGUGGGCCCACAUCGAUAUCGCGGGCACGAUGGAGGCGACGCGGGAGAAGCCGUACCUGCUGACGGGGAUGACCGGGUCAUCUGUGCGCGGGUUGAUUGAAUAUGCGAGGAAUUUGGGGCAGGGGACAAAUUGA